AAUCGUCGUCGAGUGCGCCACCGCCUUACUGGGUCGUCACGGUCUCCAACCAGUCACUUUCCAGCAGCCAAUAAAUGCUGUAAACCUAUCAGUGAAAACACGUCACAGCUUUCCAAAGCACCUGUCUCUCAUCAAUUUCGUCAGUUGAAGAAGAGUUGAAAAAUUAUUGAGAAAAAUAGCGCAUGUGGAUUGAAUAAAAUUCAUCUGUAGUCCCCUGGAGUCUUCCCAGAUUGAUCAGCAUCUUGUGAUAAAAAAUUAAUUGGCUGGCUUCAUUACGUAUUUCACUUUUUGCACACGCAUAAGGAAAGGAUUCAAUAAGAGAUUGGGGUGUAUUUUAUCGGCAUCGCUUGUCCUCAUCAGAUUACUGAUAAUGAAACGAGCAAUCUUCAUGAAGUGUUCUAUUUCCCAGAUAUUUAAUAGUGAAAUGCGUGGAUUUUUGUUACUGAGCAUAUUUUUGCUCCUGGCGCAACAAAUUGUUGCUCCUCCAGUCACUAAGACUCAUGAAGUCGAAGAGAAGAAGAACGAAACUCAUGAAGAGGUGAAGGACGAGAUGACUUUUGAGUAUGACAGGUAUUUGCAGGAAGUCAUCAAGGCGCUAGAGACUGAUAAACACUUUCGUGAGAAGCUCGAUAAAGCUGAUGAAGAUUACAUAAGAUCAGGAAAAAUUGCCAAAGAGUUGGAGUUCGUGCAUCACCGCGUGAGAUCAAAGUUGGAUGAACUGAAAAGAACUGAGUUGGAAAGAUUGAAACAACUCCAUUUUAAGAAACAACAACUUGGGGAGUCGAAAUUCCCCAAAGAGGCUCAUCACCUUGACCACACGAAUGAGCAUACAUUCGAGAUAGAAGAUUUGAAGAAACUGAUCCACAAGACAAAUCAAGAUUUAGCCGAAGCUGACAGAAGACGUAAGCAGGAGUUCAAAGAAUACGAGAUGCAGAAGAAGUUCGAGGAGGAACAAAAAAUGAAGGGUUUGAACGAAGAGGAGAAGAAGAAAUAUGCAGCGGAAUUGGAAGCAAUGAAGGAGAAGCACAAGAAACAUCAGCCAUUACACCACCCUGGUAGUAAACAACAGCUAGAAGAGGUCUGGGAGAAGCAGGAUCACAUGGAGGAUCAAGAUUUCAACCCAGUUACUUUCUUCUACACGCACGAUGUCGAUGGAAAUGGCGUAUGGGAUCAGGACGAGGUUGAAGCCCUCUUCGUGAAGGAAUUGGACAAAAUGUACAAUGGGAACCCUGAGGAUGAUCCUCGUGAGCGUGAGGAAGAAAUGGAGCGCAUGAGGGAACACAUGUUUUCUGAAGCCGAUACCAAUCAAGAUGGGUUUAUUGACUAUCAGGAGUUCCUUGCGCAAACGAAGAGGAAUGACUUCCAAGAGGAUCCCGGCUGGAAAUCCCUGGAUGAACAGGAACUUUAUUCGCAACAGGAAUACAAUGCUUAUGAAAUACAGAAACAACAAGAAAUUCAGAAGAUGAUUGCUCAAGGAUUGUUCCCACCACAACACUUUGAUCCCAAUCAGGCACAUCACCCAGGACAAGUACCACCAGCUCAUCAGCAGCAGCAUCAGGGCCAGGUACCUGUGCAACAACAGCAAUAUCAGGGACAGGUUCCUGUGCAACAGCAAUAUCCGGGUCAGGUUCCUGUGCAACAACAGCAAUAUCAGGGACAGGUUCCUGUGCAACAGCAACAUCAGGUUCCAGUUCAGAAUCAACAACCGGGUCAGGUCCAGGGACAGGUGCCUGUUCAGCAACAGCAAAAUCAGGUUCCAGUGCAGAGUCAACAGCCAGGUCAUCCCCAGGGGCAGUAUCAAGUCCCGCAAAUUCCUCAAGGACAACAACCGCUCCAGCAGCAGUAUCAACCACCUCCACAGCAAGUGCCACAUAAUCAGGUCCCACCUGUGGUCAACAACCAACAUGUCCAAGACAACGCCAUUCCAGUGGGGAAUCAACAACAUCAACCAGUUCAAACCCAAAAUAUCGCUAACCAACAACCACCACAGCCCUCUGGUCAGGCCCAACCGGUUAAUCCCAUUCAUAAUGCUCCCCCCAACGUCGUUCAUGCGUGAAGGGAUCACUUGACUAGAUAAUUGGAUUUUCCGUGAUACUCUAAUUUCUAUAACGAAUAAAUAAAUUGUUAUUACUUCAUUCUGGAGCCGAAGUAUCUGGCGAAUGCUCUGUGGAGACUAUUGACAUGUUCGGAGGAAGUAUCCUUUCUAGAAUGUGUUCGGAAUUUGCGAAUUUAAUGUUUCGUAUGUUGACUGGGGAAUUCUCAAAAUGUGUCUCAUGUUUCUGAGAGUGUUUUAAUCCAUUUUGAAAUUAAGUGAUUUCUUUGUAUUAUUUUUGUAAGAAUAGGAGGAAGACAUUAGAAAUUUGGAGGGUGAGUGACGAAACAUAAAUUAUAAUCACUUUAUUUUGGAUUUCAAAUAUCAAACGAAUACGAAAUUUUUCCUUGCAUUCUUUUUUGUAAGAAUGCAAUAAAGACGUUUGAAAUUUGAGUGCUGACUGAUAAUUAAAUUGUCAUUACUUCACUUUGAAUUUCAAGUUUCUAUCGAAUUUUUUCUGCUAAUUAUUUAUAUUUCCGAACGAAGUAUUGAUGUUGCAUCAGUUAUCAGUUGCAUCAGUAAAUUUAAUAUACUGUACAUUUUUGGGGAGUUCUCGAAUCAUGUUUUAUGUUUCUGGAAAUGUCUUCUUCUUUUUCGUAAGAAUAGAAUGAAGAUAUUUGAAAUGUGUACAUUGAGUGGGGAAUAAAGAAAUAUUCUAAAGUUCUGA